AUGGUUGUCUACUCCUUCUAUAUCUUCGACCGCCACACCGAAUGCGUCUACGUCAAGUCGUGGAUGGCGGCCGAGGGCCCCGGAGCCGCGCCCGUCCUGUCCGCCUCCUCGGACGACGCCAAGCUCGUCUUCGGAACCGUCUUCUCCCUCCGCAACAUGGUCCGCAAGCUCGGCGGCGACGACGACGCCUUCAUCAGCUACCGCACGGGGCAGUACAAGCUGCAUUUCUACGAGACGCCCGCAAACCUUCGCUUCGUCAUGCUUACGGACACGGGCUCGGCCAGCAUGCGGAAUGUGCUGCAUCAGAUUUACAUCAAUCUAUGGGUGGAAUAUGUCGUCAAGAACCCUCUUGCACCAGUCGAGCACAAGGGGGGUGCGGGUGUCAAUAACGAGCUUUUUGAACUUGGCCUGGACCAGUUCAUAAGGGGCAUGAUGUGA